AUGUAUAAUGGUACCGGAACAUCCAAAUUCUGUCUAAAUUACAUGCCAACUGGAAACUCCUGGCUCGCUUUACAGAGUGCGUUCAUUUAAUAUUAAUAGACAAGUGAGAAUUUCAGGUACUUUUUGAGAUCACAAAACAGGGCGGCUAAAGGCCAAAUCCAAAGUUUUAAAUAGUGCUCCAUGGGAUGCCAGCUUUAGUUUACAUGAUUGCCACCCACCUCUUCUUAACCUGCAGCUGACAUGGUAUCUAUCAUAUACAAACUGAACAGCAGUGCAGCAAAAGAGAUGAUUUAACUUGCAUCACACCCAUACAAUACACACCGCUGGCAGAUUUUAUUUCCGACUUGGUCAGAUGUCAUAAAAUGGCUUUUAAAUCACCCCUGUCCUGUAGUGAGAGCUGAAUACACCUCAGUGAGGUAUCCGUAAUGCAGUGUUUAAUGGCGUGGUGUGCUCUGUCAGACUGGGCACUGGGGCAUGGCACUGCAGCAUACGAUCCCUCUGCUCUUUUAUAUUGCCGUAAUUAUGGGGUUGGCAGAGCCCAGCAUGACGCAUAUUUCCCUCAAUUCCCAUUAAACAUUCUGCUAUUAAUCAAAGCCAUACCGCAUUCUGACCCAACGUUUACCGAUCAGUCCUUCCCCUCCUACCUUCUGUCCCUGGAUUUUUAUUUGUCAAAGAAUGAAAUUUGCCGUCGUGUUUAUGAGCUGUUGUAAAUGGUGUUGUAUAAGUGUCAGGGAGUUAUACAGUUUAACAUGUUUCAGUGACAAAACAAGCUUCUGUCAGUUGUAACUGAACUGUAUUUGGGUCUUUGUGUGGCACAGCCAACGGCUGCAAUUUAAUGGCCUUGACUGUGCAACCCGUCAUAAAAGUUAGUCGUUUAUUCAGUACAUCACUUGCUCUGUACUCAAAAGAUAACGUGGGACUUUAGCAGACAGCAGAAAAGAGCCAACUAUGAUGGUGCAGGGGGAAAUCUGGAGUCUCAAUUUUAAGCCAAGAGAACAGGAGUUACUCAAAUUAGGUUAAACCAGCCCAACCACACAGCUUCAUUAAAUCACUCUCACAAACACGCGUAUACGCGUAGGGAGAAAGAAAGGACAAGGGAAGAUAUUUGGUAUUUUAGCACUUAAUUGAAUUUCUGGCAUACAUUUUGGAGCACUUCUGAGUGUGUAUGUGUGCCAUUGGUAAGUGAGUCAUAGUUAUGCAUGACUUACAGCUGAAGUGCAUUCACUUCUACAGUGCAUAAAGAUCAAUGAGCAUCUCUAUUGUCUCAUUUAGGCCCAUUAAUUGUUCAUUAAUUUCUGCCACCAUGCGCUGAUGCCAAGAGCGGUAAUUGCAAAUUAGCAAUGAAUUUGACUCCUUUGCUGCAAUGUCACCAUCUUAAAGGGCUGUAAAUCAGUGGGUUGGACACCUGAAAGAACGAAGAAAGUUCAGUUGAGAGGGUCUAUAGAUGAUUAGUCUCUAGUUUAGUUAGUUGAUAUUUUUAAUUAUUUUAUUUAGCAAUGAUGUAUACAGUCUCCCUGGCAAAACAAAUGCACUUUGUUGCUGUCGUGCCAGUAAAACACACUACAUUGAAACUGGAUUGGGUCAGUGCAGAAAAGGAUGAGGUUAAAUAUACAGCCUUAAAGGGAGCAACAGUCUGUCCAUAUGAGCUUAUUAAUAGCCCUCAGUGAGACUAUUGGUGUACUGUAGGUUGUGGAUGUCUGCUGACAGGCCUUUCUAAUUCCUCUUUAUGAGCUUAGAGGAUGACACGUGUGUUUUAACUGAGCUUCCACAGCAGCUGAAAUCCACAGACUGGCCUAAACCCUUGCUGGUUGCCUUUUAAGCACAUCAGACAGCCUACAUAAUAAGGAUAAUUAUUAUUGUUUAAAACAAUUCAUGGACUGCCAUGAAUGUGCAGUAUGGAUUAUGCAGCUUUUCUCAGCAGAUGCUGUAUUAGACAGCCUCUGUGAGAGUUGGGUUCUCACAACACCAACCUGAUUGGAGCAGAGCUGUGUUUUAGAUGUGAUAUUACUCUCUUUGCCCAGGCAGACACAAGGAAUUAGAGAGCUUCAGGUAUAAAUGGAGCACUCUCAAAUAAAGCACACACACAUAAAUGCGUCCAAACACUGCCCUCGUUUUGUAAAUCUGUUCAAAACAGCUUUCACUGCCCCGUCUUAACUUAGGAUAAGAAAUCAGCUAUAAGAUUGAAACAUAAGGGUCUUCAGAAUUUCAUCUGCACUGAGAUAUUUCUUUUUAAAGUGUUCCAAAGGAAAAUGUCAAUCAUAAUCAGGUUUGGUUUUCAUUAAUCAUUACUGAAAAAUGUAUUUAGGUCACUACUAUUCUGGAAGUUUUUCUGUAUUUAAUGGCUAUCUGGAACACUUGAUUCUGAUUGGUCAGUUGUGGCUUUGCUAGGUCAAAUAUUUUUGAUCUCUAAAUGGGAUGUUCCACCAUUGCCAUGAUGGCACAAUUUUUAUGUUUUAUUGCAGAUUGAUAAAUUAAUCUUUUUUUUAAAUUAAAUAUUAAAUCAUAAGUAGGCUAUGUGUGCAAUGUUCUCUUUCCAGCCAAAAUAAAUAUGUUCUAAGAACGUCUUGCUAACGUUACCAAUAAAUUAUGAAAUGUUCUCUGAACUUACAACGUUCAGUUUGUCUUGGUUAUGGGAACGCUCUAUUUUUUAUUAUUUCACAGACAUUAUUGAAAUGUUAUUUUUGAUGAUCACGAAUGUCCAACUAAAAUGUUAGGCCAGACUAUUUUUCUGAGCAGAAUCUAUAAGCGCUAAUCUACAAGAUAAUGAUUUAUUACAAAUCAAAUCAAUAUUUCAUGGGACAUGACAGCUAAUCAUAAUGUUAUCGCCCUAUCGUUGUUUAUUUUUCAACAAUGACAGGCUGGAUGUACAUUAUGCCUUAAAAUAAAUGAAUUAAAUAAAUAAAUAUGGCACAUACGUGUAAAGUUGAAAUAAGGUGGCUGUGGUUUCGACUGUGUUUCCCUUUGAGAACUUUUACGUUAAGUGCGCACUGUUCUUUGGAAACGACUUGUUUUUCAAUUGAUUCACGUCAAUAGCCCGGUGGGCCUUGAACAUUAAAAAUAGCUCACGCACAGGAAAAAUGUGGUUUAGUUUGUUGUCCAAAUGCGUUCCUCACAGUUGUUUGUUCCUAAGCAACAGAGGCGCCUCGCGCGUGCGUCAUUUCCUCCAGAGCGCAGUGUCGGUAUCUCACUAAGGACUCAGUAGUAGCGACUAGAAAUCCGAGCGAGCCACACUGACCAGACGCGCUGCUCUUCUGAGCGCAGCUGCCAAACUUCAAACGUUCUUGCAGUGUAUUUGUUUCUUUCUCGGAGCAGGACGCGUCUCACCACCCGUUUCUCAUCGCACAGUGUGUUACCAAAAGGAUUAAAGUCACUAUAACGGACGUCAAAUCCUCGCGGGACUUAAUUCGGGUUUGUUGUUUGCCUUUGGAAGAACAGUGUACUUUUUCCACUAUUCAAAGUGAUUAUUAAACCAAUUUCUUUAAUAAUCAAAAGUUUCGAAACUGCAUUGCACUAGUUAUUCUGCGUUGUUAUUUUGAAGACUUCACUCAGCAUGGCUGGUCUCACCACAGGUUUAACGCACGAAUCGCGGUGCGCUUCUGUUUUUAGCAAGAGACAGUGACCGUGCUCUGUUCCUAAUGCCUGAUGUGAAAUCCUCCUGUGGUUUUGAGGUGUCCGAGAAUGAGCACGGAUCUGGAGCGCGCUUCUCUCAAGUCGGGCGCGAACUCCCUGGGCUCCGGUGGCCGCGCGCUUUCCGUUAACGUCAAGAAGUUGCACAACGCGCUCAACGUGCUGCUCAACGACUUCGAAAGGGAGCAGUUCAUCCACUGUCUCAACGUUUACCACGCCAAGCGCAAUGUCUUUGAUCUCGUGCAGACUCUCAAAGUCAUUCUCAACACACCCAACAAGCGCCAACUCUUACCCAUGCUGCGCCUGGUCAUACCCCGCUCGGACCAGCUGCUGUUCGACCAAUACACAUCGGAAGGGCUUUAUCUGAAGACGGAUCUGCUGGCAGCCAGUAUCAAGCACGAGUGCUCGGAAGAUCUCAGCAGCACGAACGCGCAUGCUGGAGCAUCCUCCGUGCACUUUCUGCACGAGUCCGAGCAGGCCGGUCCCAGUCACGGAUCCGUGCGCCAGGCUCCGGUUUUCAGCACCGCGGCUGAGGGGACAGCGCCAGCGCUGAUGCUGGAAGAGCCUGAUGAAAUCCGCCAAGUUACACUGAAAAGGAGCAAGAGCCACGAAGGCCUGGGAUUCAGCAUACGGGGUGGGUCAGAGCAUGGAGUGGGCAUCUAUGUGUCUUUGGUGGAGCCGGGAUCAUCCGCUGAGAGAGAGGGGCUCAGAGUUGGAGACCAGAUCAUGCAAGUCAAUAACGUGGUGUUUGACCGAGUCACUCAUGGAGAGGCAGUCAAGGUAUUGAAAGGCUCUAAGAAGCUCUCCAUGUCGGUCUGUUCUAUGGGACGGAUUCCAGGUGGUUACGUGACCAAUCACGUAUACACAUGGGUGGACCCUCAGGGCUGCAGUGUGUCCCCACCACCAGACUUGGUGGAGCAGCAAGGCUCAGGAGGAAGACACUCAGACAUCCAGCAACAUGGCCACACACACAUUCGGCACGAGGGUGCUGAGAAGAAGGUGAAUAUCUCACUGGAUGAUGGGCGAUCUCUGGGUUUGAUGAUCCGUGGAGGUGCUGAGUAUGCUCUGGGCAUUUAUAUCACCGGAGUGGACCGAGGGUCUGCUGCAGAGUACAGCGGACUAAAGGUAGGGGAUCAGAUUCUGGAGGUCAAUGGACGUAGCUUCCGGAGCAUUUCUCAUGACGAGGCCGUGCAGAUCUUGAAGAAUUCCCGCCACAUGCUGAUGACCAUAAAGGACGUGGGGCGGCUGCCUCAUGCACGCACCGUGGUGGAUGAGACCAAAUGGAUUCCCAGUGCACAGAUCGCUGAGAGCUCGGCCAAUAGCAACACCCAGAGUGUUUUGCCUGUUGAUGUUGGAGCAGGAAGUUCAGGAAAGUCAAUCUGUUGUAAAGGUGUUGUGCCAGCCGUCGGAGCGGUACGCACGGCAGCCUGGAGCUCACUGGAGGAACAGGCGUACAUGCUUCUGACAGAGACAGAGAGACAGACCAUGAGCUAUUACAUUCAAGAGUACCAGCGUGCACACAUCGGGGUAGAGCCUCUGGCCAUGGCCCUGUUUGAACUCUUCAACACACAUGCCAAGCUGUCCUUGCUGGCUGAGGUGCGGACUCUGAUCGCUUCGCAGGAUCUGGAACGAUUCGACGGGCAGGUGUUACAUCGCGAGAUGGAAGCGUGGAGAGCUCGGCACGGAGGCCCAGGCCUCCUGCACCCUGAUUCUAUCUGCGUCACCCAUCCAGAGGGCCACAUUCCUGCUGUCUGCCAGCUGACCACUGCAGUCCCUGGCUACAGCAAGAAUGAGUGCAGGUUGGAUGGGAGUUUGAUGCAACUCGAGAGUCUAAAUUCUCUUCCUGAUGUUUCACUGGACAAGGUGCAGCCGUCAUCCGAGUCACCCCCCUCGUUCAAGCCUCCCCCUCCACCUGUUCGACAUGCCAGCCCUAAAAAUCAGACCAAACGACCUUCGUCCAAGCUGUCCCAGACCAAUCUGCUCUUUACCGCCCCCUGUAGGCGGCAUCAGGAAAACCACACCCACAAUCACUCACACUCGCACUCGCCCUGCUCUGCUCACACCUCCCCGUGUACCAUCCACCACACCACCUCCACCUGCUCUGUCCAUCACACUCCUCCGCCCUGCUCUCACCAUCAUAGCUCUCCACGGUCAUUAUCCUACCACGCUAGCCCUUCUUCUGGACCCCCGUGUAAAGAUUUGGUUCAGUUUCUGAUGAGCAGGCAGGCGGCGGUGCUCUCCCCGCACCUAGAGUCUCCAAAUCGUUCCAGAGAGGGAACCCCCAUGAUCUCUCCACGCUCUUCUCCAUCCAUUUCGCCUUCACUGCUAAUGCCUGCUCCGCCCCCCUGUAGCCCUGAGAAGCCCGAGGGCUCCCCCUCUACACACAUCUGCAGUGCCGCCCAGACCAGCCCGCUGCACCCCGAGCCGGAGAUGACAGAGGAAAGGCCUCAGCCCCAACUACGAGGAGCCACGCUGUCCCAGCUGUCAGACAGCGGACAGACUCUGAGCGAGGACAGUGGAGUGGAUAUCGCAGAGGCUGGGGGGUUGAGUAAGGACAGCAGCCCGCGACCAGGUAAACCUCCGUUCCUCCAGGCCACAGGUGACACACGCAGAGCGGAAGGACUCGCACAGGCCUCCGCAAAACAGAUGGGAGUAAUGGAGCCUACGCUUGUACGGGUGCCCAAGUGUGCCAGUACACUGGGGAUUGCUGUUGAAGGGGGUGCCAACACCAGACAGCCUCUGCCACGAAUCACAACCAUACAGAAGGGGGGCUGUGUGCAUAUCUCUGGACAGUUACGGGUGGGUCAGGUGAUUCUGGAGGUGAACGGCGUGUCGCUUAAAGGCAUGGAGCACCGGGACGCAACUCGGGUCAUUGCCGAGGCCUUUAAGACCAAAGACAAAGACUAUGUCGACUUUAUGAUCGCCGAAUUCAACUAUGCUCUGUAGAAGUCGUCCCUCGAGAGUUUUACUGGACGCCACUGCGAAGACCUUGCACUUUACGUCACAUCCACACAGAGCAGCUGAAUGAGUCAUGCUUGUCAUAUCUGAGUCACAGUUAGCUUAGAGUUCAAAAGCUGCAACAUGCCCACCUUACGUCUGUGUUCUCGCUAUAACAACGAGCAGCUGCCACACACCUUCACUCAACCUGUUCUUGGUAUGUUCCAGUGGAUGAUCUGCAGAGCCAAGACUGUUGCUGAUAUGAUUGUUAGGACGAGAUCAGGGUUAUAUCAAGUCUGUCAGAUCUGUGCCAUACACACACACACACACACACACUACCGUUAAGUUUGGGGUCUGUAUGAUUUCUUAUGUUUUUGAAAGAAGUCUCUUAUGCUGUGUUAUCUGUGUAUAUUUUAAUAUAUUUUACUCUGUAUACAGCCAUUACUUUAGUCUUUGUUGUUACUUGAUCCUUCAGAAAUCAUUCUAAUAUGCUGAUUUGGUGCUCAAGAAACAUUUCUUAUUAUCAAUGUUAAAAACA